CGACGCGAAGGCUGCGGAGGAGGCGCGGGAGACCCAGGCGCUAGCAGGCUGCGGGGACGCGCGGGACCACAUGCGGGACAAGGCGGUCCACGAGCGCGGCCACUGGAACAACAAGGUGGAGUUCGUGCUGAGCGUGGCCGGGGAGAUCAUCGGGCUGGGCAACGUGUGGCGCUUCCCCUACCUGUGCUACAAGAACGGCGGAGGGGCAUUCCUGAUUCCUUAUGUGGUAUUUUUUAUUUGCUGUGGAAUUCCUGUGUUUUUCCUGGAAACGGCUCUGGGGCAAUUUACAAGUGAAGGUGGCAUUACUUGUUGGAGGAAAAUCUGCCCUUUAUUUGAAGGCAUUGGGUAUGCAACACAGGUGAUCGAGGCCCAUCUGAACGUGUAUUACAUCAUCAUCCUGGCCUGGGCCAUCUUCUACCUGAGUAAUUGCUUUACCACUGAGCUCCCCUGGGCCACCUGUGGGCACGAAUGGAACACAGAGAAAUGUGUGGAGUUCCAGAAGCUGAACGCGAGCAACUACAGCCAUGUGUCCCUGCAGAACGCCACCUCCCCUGUCAUGGAGUUUUGGGAGCGCCGCGUGCUGGCCAUCUCCGAUGGGAUCGAGCACAUCGGGAGCCUCCGCUGGGAGCUGGCCUUGUGUCUCCUAGCAGCCUGGACCAUCUGCUACUUCUGCAUCUGGAAGGGCACCAAGUCAACGGGAAAGGUUGUGUACGUCACUGCCACCUUCCCCUACGUCAUGCUUCUCAUCCUUCUCAUCCGGGGGAUCACAUUGCCGGGGGCCACCGAAGGCAUCAAGUUCUACCUGUACCCUGACAUCUCCCGGCUGUCUGACCCGCAGGUGUGGGUGGACGCCGGGACGCAGAUCUUCUUCUCCUAUGCCAUCUGCCUGGGCUGCCUGACUGCCCUGGGGAGCUACAACAACUACAACAACAACUGCUACAGGGACUGCGUCAUGCUCUGUUGCCUGAACAGCGGCACCAGCUUUGUGGCCGGCUUUGCCAUCUUCUCAGUCUUGGGCUUCAUGGCCUACGAGCAGGGCGUGCCCAUUGCCGAGGUGGCCGAGUCUGGCCCUGGCCUGGCCUUCAUCGCCUACCCCAAGGCCGUGACCAUGAUGCCUCUGUCCCCGCUGUGGGCAACCCUGUUCUUCAUGAUGCUCAUCUUCCUGGGCCUGGACAGCCAGUUUGUGUGCGUAGAAAGCCUGGUGACAGCCGUGGUGGACAUGUACCCCAAGGUCUUCCGGAGGGGCUACCGGCGGGAGCUGCUCAUCCUGGCACUGUCUGUGGUCUCCUACUUCCUGGGCCUCGUGAUGCUGACAGAGGGUGGCAUGUACAUCUUCCAGCUCUUCGACUCCUACGCUGCCAGCGGGAUGUGCCUGCUCUUUGUGGCCAUCUUUGAGUGCGUGUGUAUCGGCUGGGUGUACGGAAGCAACCGGUUCUAUGACAACAUUGAAGACAUGAUUGGCUACCGGCCACUGUCACUCAUUAAGUGGUGCUGGAAGGUGGUAACCCCUGGGAUCUGUGCGGGCAUCUUCAUCUUCUUCCUUGUCAAGUACAAGCCACUCAAGUACAACAAUGUCUACACCUACCCCGCCUGGGGCUACGGCAUCGGCUGGCUCAUGGCACUGUCCUCCAUGCUGUGCAUUCCACUCUGGAUCUGCGUUCAGCUGUGGCGGAUGGAGGGCACGCUGCCCGAGAAAUUCCGGAAGUUGACAGUCCCCAGUGCAGAUCUGAAAAUGCGGGGCAAACUUGGGGCAGGCCCACGGACAGUGACAGUUAAUGACUGUGGCGCCAAGCUCAAGGGUGACGGCAGCAUCGCAGCCAUCACAGAGAAGGAGACGCACUUCUGAGCCUGCCCACCUGCCCACCACCUCGAUGCUCCUCCUCCCCUCCCUGCGUGUGAAUGACCCCAAGCUUCUCCUAGUGGUAGGGGCUUUGCUUCUGUACACAGGAUAUAUUAACACGUUAAUCUCCAUGGGCCACUGUACACUUGGCUGACAGCCCCCGUCCCCGCCUUGCUCCGUGACCCCGGAAGUAUCUGCCACCUCGAGAUAAUACUGUACAGUGACUAGCACCCCUCGCAUCCCACUGUGGUUUGAAUCAGUGUGUCCUAGGGGGUCAGUGUGCCAUAUUGCAAAACUUUUAUACUGGGGUUAUGGGCAGGUGGGGUGGGGAGUGACAAAUGCUGUUCUCUGUCAGCCUCUUCACCCACCAUUCCUGUCCUGCAUUUGUCGGCAGCCGGCCCUUCUAGGUCCCCAGGAAGAGCUUCUUCCCUUGAACCGUCCCUUUUUUGGGGGUGGGAUUUGUAGGCUGAAGGUCACAUGGAAGAGCAGAGAAAGUCCUACGAGGCUGGGGACUCCUGGUCACAGGCCCCCUGCCUCGAUCCCACCAAGUGACCCUGGCCACUCUCUUCCCCUCCUUGGGCCUCAGUUUCCCCAUCUCCAAAAUCGGGGGAUUCUCUGCCUCCCUCCCCUGAAGCACUGCUGUUGGCUCCUUCUGAAGACACACAGGCCAUCAUCUCCCAUCACCGAUCCCCACCCUGGAAUCCUGUCCCCACCUGCUCACUGGAAACCAGAUUUCUCCUGCAAUGAUGUGCUGAUGUGUGUGCUAACCCUGGCUCCUCCUGUCCAUCCCCUGGUCUCAUCCUCCCUCUGUGCCUCCAUCCUGGGCACGGCUCAUGGCGCGGCCAUGGUGGCUUCUGGCUCAGGAGGUGUAGAACUUCCUGUAGCCUCCCAAAGCGAGCACUGCACAGAGGCCACAGGCCCCUUCUUUGUCCCCAGCCACCUCUUCUCCUGCUCACUGUCCCCUGCCUACCUCCAUCCUGUCUCAUGUGUCUUGGCAGACCCUGUGUGGAGACUGCUUCCCUAUCCUUCCUCCUCCUCUGCACCCGUGGCCAGAAGCCCCAGCUCCUGCCUAUCCAGACGACCUGGGGAUGAUCUGGGCCCCCUCUGGCUCUUGGGUUGGGGGGGUGCAGGCCUCAGGCCAUGGAGAGGCAGGGAUGUCCCCUCCCUGCCUGACCUCAGGCCUCAAGAGUGAAUCCCUUUCUCUGAUUAACUGGAUUUCACAUCGAGCCUCCAUGUUGCCUUCCGAGCUAUAGGGGUGGGGAAGGCACAUUAUUUCUCCUUGCCCACAGGCCCCAAUUCCACGUAAUGGAAAUGUGAACUUUCUCCAAAGGAGACCCAUGUGUUCCAUUGACCCCAAGGUUUCCAGAUGCCCCUCUUCUCUACUCCAGCCCCCAUUUAAAGCCGGAGUUUGUUCACAGGGAGGCCCAGUGCCCCAACGCGGGUGAGGGCACCUUGUUCUGGGGCCCCUCUUGCACCCAGCUGCUCAUGGGCAGGCCAUCCGACCUGGGGGGACCUGGUGGGGCUCCCUGCACUUGUUGGUCCUCAGCCAUGCUCCUCCCAACAAGCUCCGGGGAUGGGAGAUCUACUGCUGCUACAGUCCCACCCCAGCUCCUGCAGGCGGAUGGACAGACAGACUGGUCCCUGAGGUCUGCCGCUGCAACGCAGGCGCCAGACACGUGGCUCUUAACACUUGACACUCUUAACCCUACUCAUGAGGGGGGCAGAGGGGCUGGGUUUUCUGUGUUUUGUAAUUUCCUACUAGGAUCCAGGUAACUUUGUGGGGUGGGGAGGGCAGUGUGGGGCGGGGCCAUGUCAUUGU